UGUGUCCAACAUGGCGCUGUCCUGUUCGAGUCUGUGUAGCAGGUUGUCUUUGAUCCGACUGUGUGGACUCAGGACAAGCAGAAUAACUCAUGGACUCUAUUCUCCCUACGUGUCCCGUCAGUCCAGGUUGCCUCUGUGCAGACACUACACAUCAUCCACAGUCAGACGAGGCAUUGGUCGAUAUGUGGCCACCAGGCUCCAGUGGGCGAAUGAAAAAUAUGAAGGCUUCCUCAAAAGGCGAUUUCCUCGCUUCUUUCUGCUCUACCACACUUUUGUGGAAGGGUUCAAACUGCUAUAUCGAGAUGCCAAAGAUGUAAGGAGGAUAAAAGCCAAAAUGAUGUCUGAUGGGGUGAAGUUCCAGGAUUUGCCCUACAGGGAGAUGGAGAAACUCAGACAGUUUCGCAGAGACAUGAUCAAGGCCAUUCCCCUGGUGGUGAUAUCUAUCCCUCCCUUUGCCAACUACCUGGUUUUUGUCUUAAUGUACUUUUUCCCUCGUCAGCUCCUGAUUCCUCAUUUCUGGACUCCCAGGCAGCAGGUGGAGUUUCGGGGAAUCUACCAUUCGCUCAGGGCUCAGCACCACUGGUCGGUGCUCAGAGGGCUCAAAGACACGAGCUGCCAGGUCAGCAAUAGGCAGCUGCAGGGUCGCCUGACGGAGCUGUGUGCUAAAGUGCAAACUGGAGCAACCCCUAAAGUGUCUGAAAUCCUUGCAGUCCGUAGCCUUUUCUCUGGACCCCCUCUGGGUAUGAGGAGGAUGAGCGUCGAUCACAUGAGACACAUCAGCUCCCUGCUCCUCCUGACGCCUCGCCUUCCCGGUUUCCUGAUUGGCCGACGGCUGAACAGCCACGCCCUAGAGCUGCUCCAGCUGGACCGGGCCCUGGCCAGGCUGGGCCCCCACCAGCUGAGUGACGCUGAGCUCAGGCAGGCUUGUUAUGUCAGGGGGCUCAAUUCUGACGUUCUUGGCGUUAACCAGUGUCGUGAGUGGUUGUCGCAGUGGCUUCAGGUGUCCUCCUCAUUGAAAGACUCAGAGGUGUCACUGCUCUUGCACAGCAUCGUAUUUCUCGCUGCAAACUACCCAAAUGUUCUCAGCCGCCACUGACAGGAAGCCUGAAGCAAUCUGCUAGUGUGAUUAUGGUCUGUUUCGUGCACUGGACAGCACAACUUCCUAAGAGCUGUCAACAUCUCCUUUUUUGCAAAAGAACAAACAUUUUAAAAACUGUUCUCGGCAAGAUUGUUAGAUUUAAGAAAAUAAAAACUGUCUGAACAUCUCUGCUUGUUCGAAGCAACACAUACCACAAAGAAGCCCCUAUGCAUUUGUAGCCAGUAGAAUUUGAAUUGAAAAAAAAAAGACAAAUCCGUUGUGUUUUUAUUAGAGACAUUAGUGCUCUUCUUGUGCAAUUUGGGCUCUCAGGAGGGAGUUUAUUUGUGAUACACUUAUUAAGUUGUGAUGUUCUGCUGUUCCUCCUGCUGAUGUCUAAGCAAACACACAUCACACAGCUACAAGGGAAGCUAAGAAACAAAGAGGAUAUUGUUUAAACAAAUUUCAGCACAUCAUUGUUAACCCUUUGCUUGAGGAACUGUUCAGACACAUUCCAUUCAGAAAAUGACAUAUACGCUUAUAGCUUUCAUGUGGGCAUGUUAAAUGUUUUUACAUGUUCACAUCUGUUACUGUAUUUUCUCAUGCCAUUACCUCACUUUGUGCUCUGCUUUUACUUUUUUUUACUUUGACUAAUGCUGGUAAUGACUAAGUUAUAGGCAAAAAGGACUUUUGUGAGUAGUUUUGAGGGAAAUAAAUUUUUCAGAACGGAAACAACUGAUUGACAUCAGAAAGCAGAUUACAUGAAAGCACCUUUUUAGAGAAUAUCUUCAUAGAUCCUAAAGAGAUUGAGCGGAUAAAAGCCCAGUGAUGACUCAGCUACAGAGACAUUCAGGCUUGUGUGGUGGUGAGAAGCUGAUUUUCUUGUUUUAGAUGAAUAUGAUCCUCAUGAACCUUUAUUGCUGCAGGAGCAAGGUUUCUGACAAGACUUGCAGUGGCACUUUUCUUCAUUGUUUACUUUGUUUUCUUGCUUUGGAGGUGUAAAAUGACAAUCUAUCCUGGUAAGAAUGCACUUCAGAACAGUUUCUUUCAAGCCUUUUCGCCUACUCCUGGGUCACAGUUAAAGAGGAACUGCACACCCCCUGUGCUGUUGACUGGUGUUGUAAAGUGUAAAAUUGAGCAUGUCAUUUGCUUCCUGUGCCUUUCAUGAGGACUGGCACAAUGCCUCUGAAAUAUAAGUUGCAAAAGUUAUGUUCUGUUUAUGAAUCUUUUUUUUAUAUAUAUAUGUAUGUAUAAAUUAUUUGGUAAAGUUUUGAAUGUUGUGUUGAUGUGCCAAUAUUAUCUACAUUUACCAUGGAACUGUGUCUGAAAUAAAUACCUUACUGGCGCA